UCCAAACAGACAAAUGAAGUGAAUGUGAAGCCUGAGAGCCAGCAUAAGGCACCUAAAAUCUGUAAAGGCAGUAGCGGAGUUACUGGUGAUCAGGGUCACAAGGUACUGGAACCUUUCUCAGAUGACUCCCGGAAAAAGGCAGACCACACCUUGAACUGGUUGCCAGUCAGUUACAGGGCACAUCCAGACACGGACAACCAAUUCACGAUUACAUUCGCACUGUCACUGAGUGGCAACGGAGCCGAAGUCAGACGAAUGUACCACUACACCAUCAGUGACCUGCUGUAAUCCCCAAAAAACUAAAUCUGUUCACACCAACCAAGUGUUUUUGCUUUGCUAGUAUUUUGUGUCAGCUAGAUGCAAGGAAGAGGCUUCCACAGUAUGUGAGGCUUCCUGUUUGCGACAUACUUUUCCUGUUGUGGUUCUUAUCCGCGGGAGCGCCUGACAACUCAAAAUCAAUUAGGAUGUCUGAAUUCGAAAUAUCCAUGCAAUGUCUCCAUUUCACGAUGACACACUCACACAUGUGAGAUAUUUAUAUUUAGGGCAUUUGUUUGUUGUCUUUGCAUGACAGAGUAAUAAAAUAUGUAUUUACUAGCACACAUAAUUCACAAGGAUUCAAAUAUCCCGUUUUCUUUACAGAAUGGCUUUGUAAACAUAAACAAUAAUGAGGUUAAUAACGGUUUUAUCUCCAUGUAUGUUUCUGUCUUUUCUCACUCAGUCUUACAGAACACGAGGACUAUCUACUCCAAUGUGGGGAAUUUUACACUACUACACGGUCAUUCAACCUUGCCCUCUAGUGGGGUUCUGUGGCUACAACACCCAUCCUGGUCAAAAGAGAACUCAUACAACACCCUGCAUAAUCUCAGGAGAUGCAGCAUCCCAUUGAAGUGAGUUUGACCUGUUGAAGAACUGUAAUCCCAGCACCAGGUAAAUAAUCGGUAGUGUGCGCUGGAUUAUAUUAAGCUACUGGCAAUUGGAACAUGGAGAUACAUGGGAUACACUCAUAUAAGCGAUGAUUAAAUGCUUGAAGUCCUGCUCAAGAAGCUGGAAAUUGAGUCACACGGGAGAGGACACUUCCCAGUAGAGCCAAGAAAAACAAAAGAGGGAUGGAAGCAUUUGCAAAUACAAGCACACAACCCACAGCCACACCAGCUCCAAAUGACACAAGGAAGACCACCUCUCACAGGUGGGAGUUCCUGGUGGCCGUCUUGGCCACUGCCAUCUCCAUCUCCAUUCUCAUGGCCCUCUUGGCUAAGUGUCAAGUGCUUCGGCGCUACCUGGCCAGCUACCGGCACACUCGUUUGAGGGAGACAGACACAGUAGGCCAGUGUCUGGAGGUGGGGUUUGACAUGCAUGGGGAAUGUGAAAUGAACCCUCACCAUCUUGUGAGUGCUGAAGAUGAUGAUGGCUUCAUUGAGGACAACUAUAUCCCGACGAGUGAAAGAGAGAGAGCUGAAAGAGCAGCAGAGAACAUGGAGGACACAGAGGAUGAGAUGGAUGAAAUUGAAUUCACCAUUACUUAGAUGAGAGUGAUGUUAGGCCUCUUUUGAACACCUGAACCCUCAGGCGAACCCUCAUGUCCACUCCUGCUUUUUUAUUUUUUUUACUCUGUGUUGCACAUUUUAAUGACCAGCUGGGCAUUUAAUGAUUGAAGCAUUCAAAAAUUAUCAAGCACUUUAUUGAUCUUUCAUUCUAAGGACAUAAUAAUAAUACAAAGUGUCAUUCAGGUGUGCAUACUUAUGAAAUUGUUUUUGGAUAUUAAAUACAAACCAAGAGGAACAUGCCCCAUUUAUUUUAGGUUUUCAUAGAAGGAAGAUUCUACUAACAUAAAAUCAAAGUCAUAAACUUUGAAUAAAAUUGUAAUAACGAGUUGGAAACAAUCCAUUUCUUUGCAUCAUUUCACAGUUGCUUGAUUGAUUUUGGAGCCCAGGCUGUGUACAAGAGUACCUCUUUUUGCUUGACUAAAAAUUACUAUAAAUAAUAAAUGUGUCUAUUGUAUUAAUUUACGUAUGUGUAACAAACGUCCAUCAGUAUAAAAAAGAGCCUAUGCAUAAAAGCAG